UGCAAAGACCAAAUUUUGAGAUGUAGAUACCGUACAAUACGCUUUGUGGUGCACAUUAAACCUCAUUUCACAUUUAUACAUAUUCCACCAAACUCUCAUCACUUUACCCUCAUCUGGUGAAAGAAGGAACUCUGGUAACAUGGAAGCUUGUUUUCUCUCUCACAAUUCCUUCACCAAAACCACAGAUCAACUCAUACCCACACUCCGAAAUGGCUCUCUACCAUAUCCAAAGAGAUCUUCUCAACAAUUCCAGUGUAGAAAAGUUAGAAUUCCAUCUCCUAUAUCUUGCUGCCACAUAUCAUCUCCAUCACCGUUGGAUGAUGACAAACCGAGCCUGAACGGUGAUUGGCGAUCUUUCCGUGCAAAAUUGGUGGCCAGAGAGCAAUUGCUGAGGCCUGAGGAGGCUUCUUCAGUGAGUGAUCUAGACACUGUUGUGGAUCACUCUCCACUCAUCAGCAUGGGUGAUAAAUGGGCCCACAUAAUCCAUGAGCCUGAAAAGGGUUGCUUACUAAUUGCAACUGACAAGCUUGAUGGGGUUCAUAUUUUUGAACGGACAGUGAUCCUUCUUUUAUCAACCGGCCCAUUAGGCCCAUCAGGGAUCAUACUCAAUAGACCAUCGUUGAUGUCCAUCAAGGAGACAAGAUCAACGGCUCUUGAUGUGGAGGGCACGUUUUCUAACAAUCCGUUGUUCUUUGGUGGGCCUUUGGAGGAAGGGUUGUUUUUGCUGAGUCCAGAAGAGGGUGGUGGUGGUGAUGGGGUGGGAAAGAGUGGGGUUUUUGAAGAGGUGAUGAAGGGGUUGUAUUAUGGGGCAAGAGAAAGUGUGGGUUGUGCUGUGGAAAUGGUUAAAAGGAAUGUGGUUGGGCUUGGAGAUUUUAGGUUCUUUGAUGGGUAUUGUGGGUGGGAGAAAGAGCAAUUGAAGGAUGAAAUAAGGGCUGGUUAUUGGACUGUGGCUGCUUGUAGCCCAAGUGUUGUUGGGCUUGGGAGUGUUGGAAGUGUUGGGCUCUGGGAUGAAGUUCUUGGGCUUAUGGGCAGAAGGAAGGUCAAAUGAGGCAAAACAAUAGGUGCAAGAAUUUGACCAAAAAUAUCAUGGUGCGAUAAAAUAUGAUGAGCUCUUAGACUCAAAACUAGUAUGAGUUGCCACAGAAACUCCAAAGUCAAGUGAACUUGUUAUGAGGCUCUGAAAAUUUGAUGGCAUAAGAAACUUGAUUGUGGGAUUUGGUUAAAUUCUUGUGAGAUGUAAACGUUGUAAAUUAUAAUUAUUUUCCUACUUGUGUUCUUUAUGUGCCUAAUUGCCGUGUUUAGUUUUUUGGUGAUGCUAA